UGGCUAUUAAGUCUAAAUCUUGAAUCUGAACAGGCCUACAACGUUGAGUCCAAAGGUUAUGUCAUAAAACUUCUCAACGUUCGAUAGGUUUGUAUACGGGCUAUAGCGGUAAAUUGUUGCACUACAGUUUUUUGUUCAGAGUUACAAACCAGGACUACCGUGCUUUUAUUUUAAAGAGUCCGCUUCGACUUGACUCAGACUUUCCGUAGGACACCCCGACUUUGGCUAACAUUAGCCAUCUUCUUCAACCACAAAUUUCUAAGCUACUUCCGGUUUGAUGGCAAUGGUGUAGGCCUACGCAUUCUUGUUGGUAUGGGCGGGAAAGAAGACUUUAUUCUCGCCCUGGAGCCACGUUCUGCAAAGUCAUAUCAUCGCCCAUUACGCCUACAGUGUUUCGAUAUUAUUAUUUAAAUUUUGAAUCGUCGUUGGACUCUUCGAAACGGUCUUCUAAAGUUAUUGGUAGUAGGCUAUAAUAUCAGUGAUGUACUUAUGCUCUGAUGUUAACAAAUAAUUAUAUUGCCUAAUGUUAAUAAAAUAUAAAGCUCUGCUGGUGAAAUGUGUAUGUUUAAAUGCUUUGUUAUUCUCGUGUAAUUGUACAACAUUGAAAACAGUGAUGUUGAACGCCAGCAAUGGAACUGUCUGUACCACUAACUUGGUGACGUCAAAGGAAAUGUUCGAAUUGAACGCAUCGAAGACUUUGACCACAGUGUUACUUAGCGUCGCAUCCUUGCUCACGUUUUUAACCUUCUGUAUGUUCCUCGAGUCGUUCUCAUAUAUGACUUCAAAAGUACCGUUUGGAGCCAGGAGGGGCUACCUUGCUUGGCUUAUUGGAAUUUACCCCGUUUUCUCAGCAACCUCUCUCGCUGGUAUAUUUAUCCCACGUGCGUCUAUCCUAGCCAACUGGUGUGCUAAUGUACACAUUUUGUGUAUAUUAAAGUGUAUUUCUGGAUCAUUUACCCACGACUCCAAACCUGUCAUCAACAAUAACAACAAUAACGAUGACGAUCAGAAAGAGGAGGAUGACAACGAUGAGGACGGUGAUGAUAAGAAUGGUAUUGAUGAUGAUGACGACGAUGAUGAUAACUAUGAUGAGAGCUAUACCCCCUGGGACAGCAUACAAAACAAAAUUACAGGAGACCAGUCAAUUACAAACGGAUACAACGAACUGGAUGGAAAUUGA